AUGGAUAUGUCAAAGUUAGUGUGGUCAAUCAUUGCACUCUUACUAUUCCCAUUGGACAUUCUAGCAGCAGGAUGUUGGCGAGAUACCAUCUGCACAGGACCAACUGAAGCCGCAUUCUCCGGCCCCUGGGACCAACUCAUCUAUGCACCUCGCAACCGCACUGUGCGCCCUCGCUCCGUCUUCACACUUCGCGACCGGCGUCCAGCAAGCUACCCGCGUACCGCCACUCUCCGCGGCAACGGCACGACUGUCGUGUUCGACUUUGGCCUCGAAGUCGGCGGUAUUGCAACGCUUACCUAUACCAGCAACGGAACAGGCACCAUUGGCAUCGCAUUCUCCGAGGCACUGAACUGGGUCGGCUAUACGUCUGAUUCAUCCAACGGGAAAUUCUCAGGAGGAGAUGGAGCGCUGUUUUUCAACAUUUCCGGUGCGGGACCCGGGGCGUAUACGAUGCCGGAUGAGGUGCUGAGAGGCGGGUUCAAAUACAUGACCGUGUAUCUGCUUACAGAUGCGGGGACGCAUGUUGUGUUGACAGAUGCGCAGCUGGAACUGAGUUUCCAACCUACGUGGUCAAACUUACGGGCGUACCAGGGGUACUUUUACUGCGAUGACUCGUGGCUUAAUGCUAUUUGGUAUGGCGGUGCGUAUACGCUGCAGACGAAUGCUGUACCCCCAAAUACCGGGCGAUGGGUUCCCAUGCUGGCGAAGGGGUGGGCAAAUAACGGGACGCUGGGACCUGGGUCGAGUAUCUUGGUUGAUGGGGCCAAGAGAGAUCGCGCGGUUUGGCCGGGGGAUAUGGGGAUUGCGGUGCCGUCUGCGUUUGUGAGCACGGGGGAUAUGGAGAGUGUGAGGAAUGCGUUGCAGGUUAUGUUUGAUUAUCAGAAUGCUGAUGGAUCGUUGCCGGAAUCUGGGCCUCCGCUCUUGCAGCAGAAGAGCGAUACCUACCACAUGUGGACGCUGAUCGGGACGUACAACUACAUGCUGUACACGGGCGACGCAGACUUUGUUCUGAAGAACUGGCCCAAGUACCUCAAAGCUGUCGACUACAUCUACGCCAAAGUAGACUCGUCGGGCCUCCUCAAUCAAACCGGCACCCGCGACUGGGGCCGCUGGAAUACCGGCUCCAACAACACAGCCGCAAACGUCCUCCUCUUCCACACCCUCCAAACCAGUGCCCUCCUCGCAACCUGGCUCAACGACACCACCUCUCUAGCCUCCACAUGGCGCAUCCGCGCCACCUCCCUCCAAACCGCCCUCCUGACCCACUCCUUCGACCCCUCCCACGGCGCCUUCCGCGACAAUGCAACACUCACCUCUCUCUACUCCCAAGACGCCAACAGCCUCGCCCUCCUCUUCUCCCUCAUCCCCUCAAACUCCUCAACCGCCCUCUCCCUCUCCACCGCCUUGACCCAAAACUGGACCCCGCUCGGCGCCCAACCCCCCGAACUGCCCGGCAACAUCUCCCCCUUCAUCUCCGGCUUCGAAAUCCAAGCCCACUUCAAAGCCCGCCGCGCAGACCGCGCCUUCGACCUCAUACGUCGAAGUUGGGGCUGGUACGCUAAGAAUCUGAACGGCACGUAUGGUAGCACCGUCAUCGAGGGGUAUAGAGUCGAUGGCACGUUUGGGUAUCGUGCUGAGAGAGGGUAUGGAAAUGAUGCGAGUUACGGGCUGAAACCAAGAUGCCAACUGCACAUUGCUGUAUCCAAAGGCUAUCAAGUCUCUUUUUUUAUCAAAGAAAACGUGUAGAAAUUGAAAGUU